GCCACUCAAAAAUGGCUGUGGCUGGUAGUUCUUUUGGAAUAGCAACAGUAUUUAUAAAUAUUUCACUUCAAUAAUACAAAUAUUAUUAAUUAUUGAUAUCAAAUAUGAAUUAAAAAUGAAUUUUUAUCAGUGAGCUGUAUAAAAAAUAAUUAAUUACAUAAUUUAUGAAAUGUUUUGAGUUUAGUUUACAAAAAAUAGUAAAUAGACUAAGUGAACAUGUCUGCUAAUUAUUAUUUCGUUAUUGUUGGUACUGCAGACAACCCAUUAUUUGAAAUAGAAUUUAGCGGCUCUAAUAAAGAAUCUAAGAAAGAAGAUCAUGCGCAUUUAAAUCAAUUUAUAGCUCAUGCAGCGUUGGAUCUUGUUGAUGAACAUAAAUGGAAAACAACAAAUAUGCAUUUAAAAGUUAUUGAUAAAUUUAAUCAAUGGUUUGUCAGUGCAUUUGUCACCGCAACUCAAAUUAAAUUUCUUAUGGUACAUGACACUAAAAAUGAAGAUGGUAUAAAAAAUUUUUUUAAUGAGAUGUAUGAAAUUUAUAUAAAGUAUUCAAUGAAUCCAUUUUAUAGAAUAAAUACUCCAAUAAAUUCUGUUGGUUUUGAAAAGAAAGCGCAACUUUAUGGACGAAAAUAUCUUUCAUCAUAAUUUAUUAGUAUAAAA